GAUUGAUGCAAUAGCUUUCCGGUUCAAGGUAGUCCAAGCUUUCUCAUCAACACCUGUUGGACGUUCUUUAUACAAAAUUGGGUCAAGCAAAUCUUUAGAGCAUAAAUAAUCCUCAAUACGAAUUUUCCAAAUUGAAUAAUUCGUAGAGUCCAAACUAACCAUUCCUUGAACAAUUACUUUGUCAUCCAUCAUAAACAACACAAGAAGCCAACCAAAAAAUAAUCAAGCUCCGAUACCACUUUGUUGGGGAAGCACGGAACAAAACACAACGGAAGCGUAUAAAAUCUUUUCCCCAAAUUAAUGAGAUGAAUAACAAGCACAAUAAACUCUGAAAAAAUCAGCAGCACACACACAAAUAAAUGGCAGCGAUAAUAAAGUGGAUGACACACGAUUUACGUGGAAACCCUAAAUCGGGGAGAAAACCACGGCCGCUCAACAACGGCUCCCAAACUUCCACUAAUCACCAAGAAUCAAGUGGGUACAACAAGUUCUCCUCUCUAGUAAACACUAGAGGCAUACACAAUCAUCAAGGAGCAACCUUGGAACAACAACAAUCAACAAUUCACCAUAAAAUGGAGUAAAAACUUCCAAAAACGCAGGUCUGAAAACGCAGCCAGAAAACAGCCUUCCGGGCAUCAAAACGAGAAACUGACCGUUGGAUAUGAAGAGGAGUAUGUGAGGAACAACAUACUAAAAUUUGAGCACGAUCGGACUUCGUUUGGCCUUCGAUCCGGACGAGAAAAGUGGCUGCUGCACAUGGUUGGACAGAACAAAAAGGAAGCCACUUCUUGCAGCAUUGGUGAAAAUCAGGGAGGGUAAUUUUUUAAAACUGGAUGACCCUAAGAGGAAUUAAUAUUUUGAUACCAUUUGAAAAAUCAACUUAAAUUUAUACUUGUAUAUUGAAAAGAUGUUUAAUAUUGAUGUUUAAAUUAAGAUUUUUUUACGUCAUUUACUCCUGAAUUUUUUAAAAAUUGUGCGGAUUCACCCCAAAUUUUAAAAAUUGUAAUUAUGCCCCAUGUACUUUUAAGAAUGUUGCACCACGGUCUUUCUGCGCCAUAUUUGAAAGUGCGUUAAUCACACACCCAUCUAUAUACGUGUUUGAGUUUGAUGAAGAUGCGAUGGAUUGGUGAAGAGGUCGAUCAAUUGAUGACAUUGCAGAACUCACAUGGGGUAUAUGACUUUAGAUGAAUCCAUACUUUCAUUGAAUGAGCGUGUGAUUAAACACACUCCCAAAUCUGAUACAGUAGGACCAUUCAUUUACAAAGCUUAGAGGGAACAUGUGCAAUGUUUAUAAAGUUCAGGGCCAAAUGAUACGAAAAAAACACAUUAAAUUAAUUAGAUUAACAAGAAUUGGGAUGAUUUGAUGUUGUGAAACAGAGUUAAUGGUGUUUGGUCUUCUGUCACUGUUGAUGGGGCACUGGAUAGGGUUUGUUGCAAGGAUUUGCAUAAGAUCAUCAGCCAUAAACACCCAUUUUUAUCCAUGCUCUCCAUGGAACCCUAUUUCUUCCCCUCUCAACCAUCAUUUUAAUGUGUCUCUUCCUCCUGAUGAGCUGAUGAAGGCCAAUUAUUCCAGAAAGCAUUAUUCCUGCCCACAAGGCCAUGAAUCUUUUGCGUCAAAAGAGAGUCUUGAGGAACUUCAUCAAUUCCUAUUUGUUUUAGGCGUUACUCAUGUCUCAUACAGCUUUCUUGCUGUCGCCUUAGCCAUGUUUAAGAUCUCUAGUUGGAGGAGAUGGGAAAACCAUGCAAAUUCAAUGGUUCUUCAAGGACUAAGAGGUUCACGUUCCUCGGAAGCUGCUUCGUACCACACGAAAAUGAGGCGUUUGUCUACUUUUAUAUUCCACCAAACUUCACAUCCAUGGAGCCAUCACAGAGUUCUUGUUUGGCUGCUCUGUUUCAGCCGCCAGUUUUGGAGUUGUAUAAACCAAGCCGACUACAUGGCUUUGCGCUUGGGUUUCAUCACUACACAUCAACUCCCGCUAAUGUAUGAUUUCCAUAAGUAUAUGCUUCGAAGCAUGGAAGCCGAAUUUUGCCAUAUUGUUGGCAUCAGCAUUCACCUUUGGAUUUUUGCCAUCUCGUGUGUCCUUCUAAGUUUUCACGGAACAAAUGUCUACUUUUGGAUUUCCUUCGUCCCUACACUUUUGCUUCUCCUGGUUGGUACAAAGCUGCACUGCAUAGUGGUGAAACUCGCAGUUGAAAUUAGGGCAGAAACUUCAUAUGAAGGGUUUCAUAAUUUUAACCUCAGGGAUGAACUCUUCUGGUUUGGAAGGCCCAGAUUUCUACUCCUCUUAAUCCAGUUCAUAUCGUUUCAGAAUGCAUUUGAAAUGGCAAUAUACUUAUGGUCACGGUGGGAAAUCAAAGGAGCAUCAUGUUUUACACAAAAAGGUGGCUUCCUUGUGACCCGUUUGGCAUUUGGGGUGGCUUCUCAGAUUUGGUGUAGCUUCAUCACAUUCCCACUCUACGUUAUAAUCGCUCAGAUGGGUUCAGAGUUUAAGAAAUCGAUAAUCUCUGAGAGCGUCGAAAGCUCCCUCCAGCGAUGGCGGUGCAGGGUUCAGGCGGCUUCCGGGACUAGACCAUUAUUGUCAUUAGAGGAUCAUAAUGCUAAUAGCGAUCAGAUUCCAUUAACAGAAGAAAUAACCUCUGCAAAUGAUGAUGAGGAAUCAAGUUGGAGAAGAAGAUCAUUGGAACAAGAACAGAUGAGCGCUUGGGCCGGCCCAUAAGGGAGGGAGGAGGAGAGGGGCAUUAUCAGAGAUAAAAAUACACUUUUUGUCUCAAUUUAAAUUAUUUUCCUACUGUUUAUGUGGUUAAAGUGUUAAAUUUUAAUUACUUUAUGUAUUUUUAUACUCAUUUUAUCAAAUGAGUAACGAGAAUAUAGAAAGAAAGUGAAUGAAGUUUGGUUAUGUGA